ACACUACACACUAAAUGCAAAGUGGGUCAAUGUGAAAUGUCUGCGUGGCCCAAGGACACAACGUCACAAUGCACGAGACAAAGGAGUCUUUGAAUCAACAACCUUUUUAGUUAUAAAACAUUGGGACUGCUGCUAUGGGCUAUUUUCUUUUAUUAUGAGAUUAACAGUUAACCUUGGUUUUCUACAUCACCUGACUCUCUGUAAUACCCUCCUUUGUUUUCCUUUUAUGCAUAAUCCCCAUAACCAAAAUUCUGUUCUAUAAAAUUUACAUUUGUUUAUGAAAUAAUUCGUUAAUAUCUGCUCUGCAAUUACGCUUAUAGCAGAGGGUUGUUUGGCAUAAUCCCGCUAAAUCUUGUUAGGCCUCAUUUGGCAUAUUGCAUUGGGAGCUUUUUUCUGUGAAGCCAGGUGCACCCUCUUAAAAUCAGAGAUCCCAUAUUGUCUCUAAGUGAGGUUCACCGCGGAUCAGACAUGAUAAGAUCGUCCACUCAUGAUCUGAGCACGGUUACGCAGCUGCACUUUCCGUGGGGUCACACUUGGAACCUUAUGCGCUAUGGACAACAGCAGUACGUCGUGGAUCUUUGGAGGAGACGAGGAGACGGCGCUGGUAACUGUGGCCCCAACCAUCUUUCCUCGCUUUGGCUACAGUAUCCUCUCUUUUCUCAUGUUCAUCACCACCGUGUUAACCGUGUUCAAUAAUGGGCUGGUGAUUGUAGUGAUGGUGAGGAACUCUCUGCUGCAGCCCAUGAACGUGCUGAUCCUGAGCCUGGCGGUGUCUGACCUCAUGAUCGGCCUGUGCGGCUCGCUGGUCGUGACCAUCACCAACUACAGAGGCUACUUCUUCAUUGGGCGUGCCGCCUGUGUCUUCCAGGGAUUUGCGGUCAAUUAUUUCGGUCUGGUGUCCCUGUGCACUCUGACCCUGUUGGCCUAUGAGCGUUACCAUGUGGUGUGUAAGCCGCGGGCAGGGCUUAAGCUGAGUAUGAAGAGGAGCAUGAUGGGUCUGCUCUUCGUCUGGGUCUUCUGCCUCUUCUGGGCUGUUACCCCUCUGUUUGGCUGGAGCGGCUAUGGACCAGAGGGGGUCCAGACUUCCUGCUCUUUGGCCUGGGAGGAGAGGUCCUGGAGCAACUACAGCUACCUCAUCCUCUACACUCUGCUCUGCUUCCUCAUCCCAGUGGCCAUCAUCAUCUACUGCUACUACAAAGUACUCACACACAUGAACAAGCUGAACCGAAGCGUGGAGCUCCAGGGUGGUCGCUCUAGUCAAGAGGAGAAUGAACAUGCCAUCACUAUGGUCCUGUGUAUGAUCGUAGCCUUCUUCAUGUGCUGGCUGCCCUACACUGUCUUAUCUGUGGUUGUGGUGGCAGAUCCAGAGCUCUAUAUCCACCCUCUAGUUGCCACCAUGCCUAUGUACUUUGCCAAGACCAGCCCAGUGUAUAACCCAAUCAUCUACUUCCUGUCCAACAAACAAUUUCGUGAUGCCACUCUGGAGGUGCUGUCCUGUGGAAAGUACAUCCCCCACGGUCCUGCCUCUUCCAACAUCAUCAUGCAGCCGCUCAACAACAGGGAAACCCGGUUCCCUCUCACACGCACUAUUCACAGCAAGGUGCUGCCUCUGUGACAUAGAAACACAAUAUAGAUGCAAUAGGGAUGUACAGACUGUGACUGGAGUUCCACUAAAGAGCAGGUGGGACUGGCCUGUGUUAUCCAUCCAAGACACCUGUGCUACAGUGAGAGUGGUGCAGGGAAAUGUGUUUUUGAAGAACUUGCUUUUUCUAAAACUUUUCUUGCUAGCAAAGCAGGUAACGCCUGUCUAUCCACCAGAAGGCCAGGGGUUUUCUAGAGAUCUGGGUAUUUAUAAUACACGUUAGUAAUUUCUAUAUGGUGUAGUUAUUGCAGUUGAUCGACUUUUAUUUCAAGGAAUAUUAUUUAAUAGUAAAAGUACUUUAAGCAAAGGUGGGUAGAGUAGCCAAAGUUGUACUAAAGGGAGAGCACUGUUACUUCAAAAUAUUUAUACUUAAAAUACACUUAAAAGUAUAAGGUAUAAAAAGGUGUAAGAAAUUAUUCAGGUAAAAGUAAAAAGUAUUUGAAGAAACCACUGUGAGUGAGAGUCACUGUAAAUAAUGGACAGAAUCUGGUAUUUUCAAAAAAUAACCAUAAUAAAUAAUUUAAUAUUGUCAAAGUAACUUAUAUAGCAAAUAGCAAUAGGAAACGUAACCAAACCUUUUACUCAAGUAAGAGUACUGUUACACAUAACUACUGUAUAUUACUCAAGUAUGAGUAAAAGUACUGUGUCUGAAACUACUCCAAGAUUGUAUCAUACAAGUGAAACUGAGUAAAUGUAGUUAAGUACUACUCA